AGGCUCUUUCGGCGUUCGGCGCGCGUGCAUCUCGUACACUCGACCGCCACGGGGACGGCAGCGGUGCCGCCGCGAUGAGAUCUGCGACUCGUCUGCAAUAGUUGGACUUGUACCCGAUUAUCGCCUGACUGUUGAUUGUUCUUCGACGAAUGCGUCCGCUGACGGUGACUUUCGGAGCAGUUAUGACAAUUAGUUAGUUUGUUUUUCGCCACCACGCACGCUUAAUCAAACUUUCGAAAUGUGGAGUACGCUGUGGAUAAGCUUUUAUUUGUUUAUUUUUGGAUCGGCACACUUUGACAGUUUCGUGGCGACGGAGACGGAGGUUCGUGCCCACGUCGAUUCGACGGUUAGCCUGCCAUGUAAGGUAGACGUCAAACAAUGUGGCACCCUCCACAGCGUUAAAUGGUACAAGGAUACGUCGAGGAUAUAUGUGUACAGUCAAGCGGGUAGCAUCACCAGAGCGGAGGGAGAUGCGACAGACAGGAUGACAGUCGAAUAUACUACCGACAGUGUGGAAGCGGUCCUGAAAAUCUCAUCCGUAAAGGUGGAAGACGAGGCGACCUAUAAAUGCGAAAUUACAUAUCUCGAAGUAAUUGAAAACUGUGACGUCGUCCAAAUCGUGAAACUUCAAACUCUGAUUGCUCCCAAGUCAGUAAGAGUGUUGGGCAACGAUGGAAUCUCAAUAAAGAACCACACCGUUCUUGAACCUAAGGAUGAAGGCACAGAAGUAGACUUAAUAUGUGAAGCCAUAGGUGGAAAACCUAUACCUAAAGUCACCUGGUACAAUGGGACAACGGAGAUAACUAGAGCUGCUUACACUGCAAUUGACGAUGGCAAUGGCGUUGGUACGGGAACUUCAAAACUGCAGUUGACUCUGUCUAGAGGCGACCUGAACGCCCGGUUCGAAUGCAAAGUGGAAAGUCCCGCCCUAGAGAGUCCAAUUACUACUUGGAUUAUGGUCGAUGUUAACGUGAGGCCGACGAAAGUGAGUCUGUCGGGCGUGAAUAACCACGUCGUUCAGGGUACGAAUGUGCUGCUCUAUUGCGAUGUUUACGGUGCGAGGCCCGCGGCUACUGUACGCUGGACUAACGAAUCCACACCCAUCACGAAUGAGACCCUCAAGGAGACCAGUGCCGAAUAUAACAAAGAUCUCGCCAUGAUCUCAACCAGAGUGGAUCAGGAACACGAUGGCACAUUUACAACGAAAAGUUCAUUAACAUUUAAAGCCAGUCAAUGGGAGAACAGUAGAUUAUUUCAUUGCUACGCUGAAAAUGAAGUACUCAAACGACGUAAUGAACCUGAACUUCACGAACUUAUUUCUAUGGACGUUAGAUAUCCUCCCGUUGUUUCCGUUUCUCCGUCCUACAUUGUGGAAAAUGAAACAACUGGCUUAUCCGUACGCAAAAAUGUUCUAUUAAAGUGCAAGUACUUUGCGAAUCCUCAAGAACUGAAGGGUGUUGUAUGGUCCAAGGAUGGUAAAAACAUGUCGCUGUCAGACCCAGAAAAAUACGCCGGGGGCAAUAUUGAAAACCCACCUCUUGUCAUAUACAAUGUUUCACGUGAGGAUAUGGGAAAUUAUACCUGUUCUCUUAGGAAUGAAGUUGGAUCUGAACAAUCUCCAGACAGCAUAUUUUUGAAUGUACAGUAUCCACCAGACGUGAAUGUAAUUAUGGAACCUUCUUUGCCUAUUAAAUCUGUGGAGAAGACUAACGUUAUGCUGGAGUGCAAUGUAACAUCGGGAAAUCCAUCUUCCUUAUUAAAAGUAAGAUGGUUCCUUGAUGGAGAUUUAAUGAAAGAAUUUCCCGAGUGUAAUUAUACAUCGUACGAUGAGAACGGCGUUGGAGAAGGUAGUGGCGGUCCAUUUUGCGGUCUGGAUCCCAGCAUAUUGAGUUUAGAGAGAGUAGACGAGACGUUUGCAGGCAACUAUACCUGCCAGGGGAAGAACGUCGCAGGAUGGGGACCCAUUUCUGAACCACAGGAAUUGGUCGUUCACUAUCCACCCAGUCCGGCGAAAUUAAGAUAUUAUCCAUCGACCGUGGUAAAAGGAGCAUCAGUGACGCUAGAAUGUUCAGUUGAUCAUGAAGGCCGACCUAAUAAUGUUAGUUACCUUUGGUACAGAGGAUCCCAUCAAAUGAAUGAAAUCACAACUAGAAAUUUCACGAUCUCUCCAGUUAGAUUAGAGACCAAGAGCAACUUCACAUGCAUCGCAGUAAAUGAGGGAGGUCAAAGCGAACCGGCUACAGAAGUUAUUAACGUUUAUGCACCUCCAGCCUUUAUACAGAAACUCAUACCUUAUCAAGGUGUUUUAUAUUCAUCACAGCACAUAAAUUUAACAUGCAGAGUAGAGUGUUCGCCGAUGUGCUCUAUUGUCUGGCUGAAGGACGGACACCUUCUAGACACAAAUAACAACCCCUUAUAUUAUCUCGAAACCCAGGAAUAUAAACCUGAUUUAAGAAAAAACGACUUUGAAUCCAUCGAAUCUACUUUAGUUUGGAAUAUGACAGCAUGGCCGGGCAACAAGCUCAACAAAACGGCACAAAACUCGAACUACACUUGCAAGAGCCACGGCAAUACAUUCGGAAAUGGAGUCAAUUCAACGAUAGAGAUUGCAGUGGAUUACCCACCAGAAGACUUGACUCUUUCCACAAGAGUGGUUAACGUCAUCGAGAACCAAAUCCCAGACCCAGUUAAAUGUUCCGGUAAAGGUCAUCCGGCUCUUGCAUAUCAGUGGAAGAAGAACAUAUCAUCUGAAGCCAUCCAAACCAACGAGGAACUAAGACUGGGUGCGAUGAAGAGGACCGAUUCGGGGGCGUACAUUUGUGAGGCACACAAUAAACACGGCAGCGACACUGCCACGGUUUAUUUCAACGUUCAAUACCCACCGUCUUGCACGAUAACAAUAACUGAAAAAGAUGGCAACACGGCGUUAGUGUGCACAGCCGAUGCCAAUCCCCAGGAGGUUACGUUCACUUGGAAAGUUAAGGAGUUUAAUGAUACGUCGAUUGAAUCCACAAAUAUAAUCCAAGAAGGUUUGAAGAGCUUCCUGAUAUUAGACUCUAGUAUUGACACUUCCAGGACGUACCUGUGCUACGCAAACAAUACUAUUGGAAUGAGCAAUGGGUGCGAGAAAGAUGUGGCUGGAUAUCUUCCUUGGUGGAAGAGGAUAAAGUUGAUGACAAUCAUCGCCGCAAUAAUAGUUUUAAUAAUUUGCGUAAUAAUUAUUUGUAUAAUUAUUAUUUGCCUGUGUAGAAGGAAGAGAGCAGACACUAAGUACAAUAAUCCUUUGGAGAUGGAAGAACGUGAAAAACCUGAAGGUCACUCGCCAAAUUUAUCGGAUCAGUCGCGUUGGCCUCUGAGACCAGGAAUGUUGUAUCAUGUGGGAAAAAUGAGCCACAUGAAUAUAAGUCAACUGAAGCCCAGAUUGUCGCCCUUCAAGACAACUUCGGUUACAACAAGCACCAUACUUAAGUAUAAAAGAAACAAAACCAAAGUUUAUGCCAGAUUCGAAAGACUGAAAGAUGUGCUAGGAUUAAGUAGAAGUCACGAUCGAAUACCGGAAGGAAUCAGCGAAGGAAAAAGUGGAGUUGUGACAUUUAAAAAGUUUCAUGCCAACCCGCAACAAGGAUCCGAUUAUAUUAAUCCACGAAAGAGGAAAAAACCUGGUGACGCACCCAACCCGUCCUCUAUAGGAGAUAAGACAAGAUUAGGGGCUGCCCCACCGGUUGGCGGUAUAGCAGACCCCUCCAAUAAUCCAAAUGCCGCCGACAAGGGAUUCUACGAGAACCUUCCAUUCCACGGCAUGCAAAACCCACCAAACAAACCUUAUAGGACAAAUUAUGGUGAUCUAGAAUACGCAGAUGUAGAUUACAAAUCCUAUGGCCCAAUAGAUUAUAAGGCGGCUUCUAUAUAUGCUGCCAUGAAGAGGAACAAAAACAAUAACAACAAAUUGGAAGAAGUUAAACCUAAUGACGACCUUUUGUAGUAGUUUUAUAUUUUUUAAUAGAAAUUUGUGGGAAUUUUUUACAAUUCCGUUAACAUUGUAUAAUAACUUUGUUAAAUGUUAAUUUUUUGUUAAUUAAUAGAUGUAAUAAAAUAAAAACAAAUUUAUUUAUGAAGAUGCAAAUAUGGGCAUCUAAUCUGUUAGGGUUUGUAUAAAUUGUUGUGUAUCUUAAUUCACCAUUAAAAAUCAAUUAAAUUUUAAUCCAGAAUCAAGAGAAAACUUUCAUUAACAUUGCAUUGCCCUUUUAUUAUUGUUUAUCACAUGUUGAAUGUCUUAUGAAUAAAUUAUUUAUUAUAUUUGUAUACUAAAUGUGCCCGUAUUUAUAAGCGCACGACCCCGGUCACCAGUCACCGACAUUAACCAUGGCGGCGACAACUUUUGUAUAUAAAAAAUGCAACUGUCUACUGUUAUUACAUGUAAUUUUCCAACUGUAUUAUUUAAAUACGUAUUAUGGGUUGCAACGAAUUUAACCAAAGAUAUUUAUAUAGUGGUAUAUAAGCAACACGUUCUACCCCCCACAAACCUAGUCUAUCGAAAUGAGACAAGUUGUAUUUUAAAUAUAUAGAUAGAUACACAAAGAUAUUUUCUAUUCAUUACGUGUUUUAGACAUAUCGAAUUUAAAUUAUUUUAUGUUUAUUAAUUUAUAAGUUGCAUACGUUGAUAUUAUUUGUACAACAUAAUUUAUUAACUGCCAAAAUAGUAAUUAAUAAAAUUUAAAUUUUGUGGGAAAUAAAUACUAUUCCUUAUACCUGUCUGUUCUUUCAUUUUCAGUCUACAAAAAGCUUUUUAAAGUUCACCUUUCACGAAAUACGUCUCACAAAAUUUAAAUUUUGGGCAAAUUAAAUUUGCAUUUGAGCUUGAUUGCUAUAUUUACUAUAUUAAUUUAAUUAUUUUUACUUAUUAUGUGAUUAAUUUGCUAUAGAAUCUUGUAAUAACAUUGUAUAUUUCUGUGUGGAAUCAAACAUAUCACGAAAAUAUGCUCAAAUUAUUUAUCAUUACCUGUGAUAUGUUCGAUUCUCUAACGAUUUAUAUUUCGGUGCCAAAGAACUAAAAGUGAAUUGUGACGUCCAUAAAUACUGUUUCAAAUUUUGGUGUGGUGCUGCAAAAAAUUGGACAUUUUAAUAAAAUAUUUAGUACAUUCAUAAUUAGACAUACUUUUAUAGUUAAUAUUAUCUUUAAAUAUCUAUGUAUCAUCUUGUAGAUAUGUAUAAAGUAAAAUUCUAGCCAUUAUGCUAUUUAAUAAAGAAAUUACUUAA